AGUGUGCUACAAACAGCGGUAGGAGGUGUGUCGUGGCAGAUCUCCUCAAAUAAUCUUUUCUUUUUUUAUUUAUCCAAGCCUUCCUAGUUUACGUUUAGUUUUACAAUUUCUACCGUGAAAUUGCAUUUUGGACUGUGUUAACGAUUUCUAUUGUUUUAGUGAAGGAAUUUAACGUAGUGUUUGGUCUUCAAUAACGUGUAACGAUUAAUUUACUACGCGAAACUAGAGAAUAGUGGUAUAAAUUACGUUUUCUGGGACUUAAAUAACAUAAAUUAAUAUAAUUGUAAGCAAAAUAUUUAGUGUAAAAUGUUAACAGCGUAAUAAGAAAGAAAAACUGUCGCAUUGGGUGAAUAUAUAUUUGAUGGCUGUGGCGGUUCCUAACUGCCACUCGAGGGUGUCAAUGUCUGUCUCGAUGAGCCUGAUGCAGGGUACAGCCGGGCCUACGACCGGGGCAGGGCAACAAGGGGGCCUGCAUGGGGCCCAACCCUACUAUCAUCCACAACACGCCGCAGCACCGGCCCAUACACAGGAACAGGUCCAACCGGAUAGACCCAUUGGGUACGGAGCCUUCGGAGUUGUUUGGGCAGUGACAGACCCUAGGGAUGGAAGGAGAGUAGCGUUAAAGAAAUUACCCAAUGUGUUUCAGUCGGUGGUAUCUUCAAAAAGAGUUUUUAGGGAAUUGAAAAUGUUGUGUUUCUUCAAACAUGAAAAUGUUCUUUCAGCACUUGAUAUUCUUCAACCACCACACCUGGACUUUUUUCAAGAAAUAUAUGUGAUUACAGAGUUGCUUCAAAGCGAUUUACAUAAAAUUAUAGUAUCGCAUCAACCCCUUUCAUCGGACCAUAUAAAAGUUUUUCUAUACCAGAUUCUUAGAGGUUUAAAAUAUUUACAUUCGGCUAGGAUAUUACAUAGAGAUAUCAAACCUGGAAAUCUACUUGUAAACAGUAAUUGUGUUCUUAAGAUCUGUGAUUUUGGUUUAGCUAGAGUAGAAGAGCCCGACACAAACAAACAUAUGACGCAAGAAGUCGUAACGCAGUAUUACCGCGCACCUGAAAUUCUCAUGGGAGCUAAACACUAUUCCGCCGCGGUGGACGUUUGGUCAGUAGGUUGCAUUUUUGGCGAACUCUUAGGACGAAGGAUACUUUUCCAAGCCCAAAAUCCUGUACAACAAUUGGAAUUAAUAACCGAAUUGUUGGGUACGCCUUCUUUGGAAGACAUGAAAUACGCUUGCGAAGGCGCCAAGUCACAUAUGUUAAGGAGAGCCCCUAAACCUCCAUCGUUAUCAGCGUUGUACACGUUAUCCUCUCAAGCGACACACGAAGUUGUUCAUUUGUUAUGUCAGAUGUUGGUAUUUGAUCCUGAUAAACGAAUUUCCGUAGUGGAUGCUUUGGCGCAUCCGUAUUUAGACGAAGGUAGGUUAAGGUACCACUCUUGUAUGUGUAAAUGUUGUUAUACUACGGCAAGUGGAAUGAGGCAGUAUACUUCGGAAUUCGAAAGCACCGCCCCCCAACCCUUCGACGAUCACUGGGAGAAGAAAUUAACGACUGUACAGCAAGUAAAAGAAGAGAUGCAUAAGUUCAUAGCGGAGCAACUUAACACAAGUAGAGUCCCUUUAUGUAUAAAUCCCCAAUCUGCGGCAUUCAAGAGUUUCGCCAGGUAAGAUGGCCGCCAACGCCCAGAGCAGCGCAGCGCCAUUGCAUAGUUCGACAGUCGCUCAUUCAUCAGAAUUACCCCCAUCGCCUCAUAAAUGGGAAUCCCCUAGAAUAGUGGUACGGAGAUAACGUAAAAUGUACCGUUCGAUGUCUCUCUAUUUACCUUUUAAACAUUUUUGACAUUUUUAGUGAAAUACACCAAAUAUAAAUCAGGGAUUCUAUGCAAUGCGUCAAAUUUUUUUUUUGUAAAGACAAAUAUUUCGCGCUGUACAACAAACAUUCGUCAUAGUGUGUGUUUUCGUGUAUAUUUAGUCGACAAGAGUGUGAUUUUAUUAUAUAAAAAAUUAUUUAGUAGAUCUGCCUAAUUAGAUUGUCGCGUGAAUUUUGACAUUUGUCCAAAAUCGUUUUUUAAAAAUUUACCUAUAAAACCUUGUUUUUUUUAUUAUAUUUAACCCCACUUUAUAAUUUCUUGUCUUGUUUAUAAAAUUAUAUAAUUAAAUCGGGCUAUAUUCCAAUAAAAACCAAAAAUAUUUCGUUUGCUGUUAUUGGAAAAAUAAUAGUAGCAUUUUUUUAAAUUGAUAGAAAAUAUCUAAUUGGAUCCAUGUUGUAUAUAAAUGUAUGUAAAAUUCGUAGACAGUUGAAACUACGAGUCACCCUGUAGAUACAGUGUACAGAAAUCACUGCCUUGAUUAGUUUAGAUGAAAAAAAAAUAAUAGUAAUAUUUAGUUGUAUAAGACUGGCAAUUUUUAUAAUUUCGCAAGAAUUAAUCAAAUUUUUGUCAAAAAAAUUGCAUACCACAAAUAAUCCUAAUAGUAAUAUGAAAAAACAACUCACGCAAAAGAGAAAAGGCUGCAAAAAAUCAUUUCGUGAAUUAAAUAAAUAUUUCGUCUUUUUUCUUUAUAAUUUUUCUGACAUUGUUGGAUAAAUGUGUGGUUUUUUCUUUUUUUUAUCCAUUUCCCAAGAUAAUCCAUUUUUUAACCUAUUUCCUUUUUCUUAUUCGUCUAUUGAUUUUUUCAUUUCUUUGUAUUUUAUUAAAUGUCCUUUUUGUUCUUGUUUUUUAUUUAUUGCCAUUUUGUUCACUAUAUUCUGUAAUAAUACAAGGCCUGUUUGUUUAUUUGCCCCUUUCUCUCUAAUUCUCAUUAUUUCUCAUUUAUUUCGCCUAUUUCCUUUUUCUUCUCCACAUUUUCUUAUUCGUCUAUUUAUUUUCUUGUAUUGUUAUAAUAGUUUCAUGUUUUACUUUAUUCUAUAGACUUUUCUUGUUUUGGGAAAUUAUAGAAACGUCCUUUAUUUUAAUAUUUGAUUAACAAAGUGUGUAUCGACCAAAUAUAAUAAAUUAUUUUAUCUUGUAUAUCAAAUACAAUAAUAUACAGAGUGAUGUGUUUAAAAUACCGAUAAUACAAUUUUAUGGAACAUUCUGUAUAAAAACUGCGUAAAGUGGAUUUGAAAGUUUGCAAUUUUUUUAUACAAAAAUAUAAAAUUGUUUCAUUAGAUUGUAAUUUAGUUCCACAAACUAAAUGCUGAUCAGUUCAGAUUGUCUUAUCCAACUUAUUUGUUUUUAUGCAAUUUUCUCCAAACGAAAACUAAAAUGUGCUGUGAUAAAUAUAGGAAAAAGAAAACUUUUAUUCAAUUUUUUUUAAAUGGUGUUAAGUUCGUAUUUCUCAGUAAGAAAAUUCGAACUGAUCAGCACGACAUUAUUUUAAUAAAAAGUUUCAUUUAUUACUUCCAGAAAUACCAAUCAACUAAAUGACGAUGUUUUUCGAGAUAACUUCAAAGAAUUGACAAUAAAACGAAAUAUAAAAUUUUUACAUACAUUUUUUUUUUAGAAAAUAUUUAGUGUCUUGUACCAAAGAACUUUUUUUAACAAGACAAUUUGUGUCAUGUAACAAACAAUAUUUUCAACCAAAAAACAAUUUCAUGUACCAAACAUUUUUUACAACAAUGUGUGUCAUGUACCAAAAAACUUUUUUUACAUAAAGCUAUUUCCCUCAUGUACCAAAUAAUAGUUUUUACCCAAGAUAAUGUUUAUCAUGUAUCAAACAACAAUUUUUACACAAAACAAUUUCCGUCAUGUUCCAAAUAAAAUGUUUGUACCAAACUACAACACAUUGAAUUGAGGCGGUUAACCUGAAUGUCGGCUAGGUGUAACAAUUCCUCGUCAGUAACUAACGUGCCAUUAUUCAUGAGGUCCAUAUUGGUUGUCAAAUCUAAUCCAUCUACAUCACAAAAUGUAGAUCUUUCAGACUUAAGAUCUAAACUACUAUUUUCUUCUAUACUGUAAACUCCAUUUUCAGCAGUUGGUGCUUUUAUGUCUAUUCCAGCCAUUGAAAGGAUUUUGGACGCACGAGAGUGGCGAUUCAUUCUGAAAUAAAUAGGUUUUAUUUAGGCCUCGCAUAGACAAAAAAUAACGAAAAUGUAAAACAGUGUGAAGUAGGUACCUAUAGGUAUAAGUUGGUAAUGAAUAUUCGAUACAUUUUGUGCAUUAUAAGUAGAUACCUAUCCAAACUCUUUGCACCGGACAACUUUUUUGUUGGUAGCAGUCUGUUUCACUCACAAUAUAAUUUACUUAGAGUGAGACAGUCAAGGGUUGGCAAAAAGGGACCACGUGGUGGCCUACUUGUCAGGUGGAAAGCCUCCUCACAUUACUACUGGAGUGAGACAGACUGCUGCAAAACUGUUGCCAACCUAAAAGUUAUUCGCUGCAACACCUUAUUAUAUUAGUUAAGUAAGUCCCUAUAAUGGGGCCCACACACCUCGUUCUUCUCUGUCGUGUUUAACCGACGGUUAAAAACGUCAGAGUAGAAUGAAGAACGAUGGAGGCUACACACCUCGUGUUUACUCGAACAGUUCACGAUAACCGACAAAAAUCAAGCUUAGUCUGAAUUUUGGAACGUCGUUCAAAACCGAUUUGGUUCCAAUAGCUCCAUCCAUUUCAAUAUUGGUGUUUUCAAAACUACUUCGUUUUACAAGUAGUUUUUUACCCGAAAAGGAAAGUUUCUGGUUAUCCUCAUCGUUAUUUUAUCCCAUAUCAUCCGAAACAUGAAUUUAACUAAAGAUUUUAAUCUUUUCAAAUCAAAAUUUGAGAAGAAUCGAUAUAGAAUCAUUUUAGAAUUUAAUUCAUUGAUGGAGAAAACCGUAACUGUGCUCAGAUAUCAAAAUUUCAGCCCAAGUUUCCUGUAAAAGUACCCGGAUCUGGGUGAACCAUAGUGAACCAUAUGAAAAUCUUUUGUGUCAUUAUAACUUGAAAAUAGUAUUUUUUCAUAUCUUUGCAAUCCCCUUUAAAAUGUUUUAGGGAUAAAGUGUCUUAACUACUCAAAUCAUGAUAUUCUCAACUAAAAGCUUUGUUUUUAUAAAAAGAUCAAGCCCAGUAUACAUAGAAACUAAGAUCAUAUACAUCUAUAUAUGAGUAAUAUUUUAUAUAUUAAAUUCAUGAAAUAUAAUAAAAUAACUUACUUGUCAUCCACGAUGUUUAUGUCUUCGAUGUUUAAUCCUUUUAACAAAGCACAAUUUGAAUAAUUCACAUUAAAACAACAAAAAACUUCAAGAGUCCGUUUUUAUACUUUCACAAAGUGUUACCGCAAGAUCUUUUUUAGUAGCAGAGUUGGUAACAAAAACGAGAUAUUCCGCAAUAUAAACAUUUUUUUUAUGUAACUAAAAUUUAAAACCAAAAUUAUUCAUCAUCUCUCUUAUAAAGUAUGAUUAUAAAUAUUAAAAAGUAUUAUACAGAAUUACCAAUAAUACAAAAACAAAAGUUACCAUAACUAUAGGUUAUCAACAAGGUUUGUGCAUAUACAAACAUACUUAAUUCUGGGCUUAUACAUAAAAUAACAUUUUUUUGGUCAAAAAUAAUUGAUUAUGUCUCGAAAUAUAAAUAAAAAAACUUAGUGAAGUAAAUUAGUUCAAAAAGAAAUUUCAUAAAUACGUUUAAAAAAGAAUCAAAAAUGACGCGAUCGAGUGGUAACACUGCUGUGAUUCAAUUAAACAGCUGAUUAUAUGACGUAAUUUAAUUGUUACUAAUAAGGCACUAAUAGGUUAAUUUUAUAAAAUUCUUUAAAGUUGUCUCUUAAUUGUUAAUUUUGAUUUAAAGACUAAUGUAAAGACUGUGAAUAUUUUAGCGAACUUACCUUUAUUGAAGCAGCUCUAUGAAAAAGUCCUUAUUAACAAAGUUUCGUUUGACAUGAUUGCCAACGUAAAAAUAUAGUUGUAUUUAGUGUCAUUUGGUGUGAAUAUUAAGUGUGCAAUUGAGAAUAUAGAGACUGUUGAUAAAAAUGUCUUUGUAGUGGAUCAGAUCUCGGAAAUUUGAAAAAAAAAGGAGAAAAGUGUUUUCAGUUCACCGAAAUAUCUAUAUACAGGGCUAGGAUAAAUUUUCUGGGCAAUUACAAUGAUUUACAACAUGUAUAAGUAGGUUAAUAGAUUUAAAAAAAGGACAUUUAUAAUUUAAUUAUGAGUUUAAGUUACGCGAUUAUCUAAACAAUGUACUCAUUUCACCUCAUUUACUUUACUUUAUAUAUGAAAUGAAUUAUUUAAAACUGUAUCGAUAUAUUUUCAUCUAUAAACAAUGGAAUAUUAAUUGACGGAUUAAUUUCUUCCUUUUUGGAAGUGGCUAUGAAACUGCAGUGACUGUGCAACUACAAUAAUUCGAUGUUUGUUUUCUCCCGUAAAUGUUUUUUUUCUCUUUUUGGGAUCUGGUCUCUUUAUAUUUGAGUAUAUUAAAACUUCGUCUAUAUAUAUUGUGUAGUCAAUUUUUUUUCAUUUGUACAUAAUUUUAAUUAAUUUUACUUAGUGAAUUUUAUUGUUAAGAUCUUUUAAGAAAUAUCGUUUUUCUAAUUCAAAGCGUAUGGCCAAAUAAUGCCGAAAAGGCGUUAAUUAGUUUAAAUAUUUUAGAUAAUUGAAUAAUCUAAUGUGAUGGUACAAGUUGAAUUGGAAAAAGUAUAAAAAUGUAAAGACUGUAUGCCAGCUUUGUCAUUUUUGACAGUUCUAAUAUAAAAUUGCGUGCAUAGAAUUCAAUCCAUCAACCCACUGUAAAUUUUUGACUAUCGUUUAAAAAACAAUUAAAAAAACUUUGAUAUGAGCUUAAAUCAAUUGACUUAUUCAAUACUAAGUUCGAUUUGUCAUAUUAAAUUUCGUAUUAUAAGAAAGCAAUUUCGUUUUUACUCUUACUAUAAAUAUUCGAUUAUAACUAAAUCAGGACUAUUUGUUGUCCACUUUGUAACUCGAAAACCGACUUCUGUAUAGUAUCUUGAGUUACUUAACAUGUCUUAAAGCACCUCUCCCGUUACCACGAACCACGACUAUGUCUUGGUUGAUUUCAUUGAUCAUUUGGUAUUAAUUCUGAUCCUUAGUUUCGGAUUCGUAUUAAAAAAUCAUAAGUUUUUGCUCUUCUGACAGUUUUUUCCCGUUGCUGAAGAAACAAUGUUUCGGCCAUGUGUAAACAUAACCAUCAUCGGAAUUGAAACAUUGUCAUAUCAUGGGAUCAACUUUUGUAUUCCUCUGUCGCUUGGGAAAGGAACUACGCGCAGUCAUACCAUUCGUGAUGGACAGUCGCCUAAUGGAAACUUCUUUAUGGAUACUUGAACGACUGUGUAUACAAGUGAGGCGCCAUCUAUUGAUGAUUUUGGAACUACAGAUCUGAUGAUGAAGUUAUUUGAAUUCUACUACUCAAUAGAGGUGAACGAUCAAGCCAGAAUAUGUUUAAAUUUUGUUAUUUUGUAAACAAUAGAAGAGGUUAUUUAAAGUUUAAAGUGCUUUUCUGAGGUAAUAACAACCACACAUACAUAAGGUGUUAAAAUCCCAUUCUAGUGGCCAAUAAAACUCUAGAGCACCUUUUUGAUAGUUUCGUGUAGAUAUUUAAAGUCACUUGAACAAAUGCAUUUCUAAUCUAUAACUACAUUAUUCAGAUUAAUUGUUAUCUCAUGAGGCUGGGAAGUUAGACCUGAUGUCUGUAAACAUAAACUUUACCUUAUAAGCCACAUAAUACUGUCCCGCUAAAAAAUCGCUUCAUUUUCUUUUAGCACUCUACUUUUGACUCCAUUCUAUUCCAUGAUGUUAUAAAGGGUUACUUUCGUAUACAACUUUUUGUUGUAACCACAUAAACACGAUUGGGAAAUAACGGAGAUUAUAAAAAUAAAAAAAAUCCUACCAAAAUUACUAGAAACAGCAAUCAAACACCAUUACAGAUUGUAUUGUAGAAGCCAAAUUCAGCGCCAUCUAAUGAUAGUAGAUAUUUUCGCCAAUAGGACAGGAGGAGGGGAUUGUUAAUGACAUGAUGCAGCACUUAUUCAAUUGAAUUAUUUAUACGUCAUAGAUUUUCUACGCAAGCGCUAAUUGCGUUUGAUUUAAAAGAAAAAGUGUCAUGUACGUUUGUUAUUGACUAUAUGGAUAAGUUCUUUCGACCUACAGGUUUCUUCGUACAUAAAUUUUGACAUAUUUAAACUGAUAAUAAAGAAAAAUUGUCUCUAUAAUAUAUUUUUUUCCUUAUGACUAGCUUUUUAAAAAAUAUAUAGUUUCAACUCAAAAAUUUACAUUUUUAUAAUUGUUUGCACGUAAUUGUAUAUGCUUUGUAUUUUUUUUAACAACUGUAAAUAUUAUUGGGUAUGUUUUAUUCAUUUUUUUACUAUAUAAGUUUCAUUAAUAUCUCAGUCUAUCUCAAAUUCGUAAUAUUUUUAUGUUUAAUGAAGUAAAAUACAAAAAAAAUAUCAUAGAAAAUUUCGCGUUUAAACAUAUUAAUAUUAUAUCAAAACAUUCAACUGUUCCGAUUUUUUUUAAGAUUUUGUAAUUAUAUUCCAAUCAUUUUCCAGAGAUCUCAGUAAAGAAUGUAAAUAUUGAAAUGUAACUCAUAAUUUUUCCAAGUAACGGUCAGUCUAUAUUUACUUUAAUAUACUCUGAUAUAAAAAAAAUAAAUGAAAUCUCAAAACUA